AUGGGAGAGUGCUGUGAUAGAGACAUGGGAGAGUGCUGUGAUAGAGACAUGGGAGAGUGCUGUGAUAGAGACAUGGGAGAGUGCUGUGAUAGAGACAUGGGAGAGUGCUGUGACAGAAACAUGGGAGAGUGCUGUGAUAGAGACAUGGGAGAGUGCUGUGAUAGAGACAUGGGAGAGUGCUGUGAUAGAGACAUGGCAGAGUGCUGUGAUAGAGACAUGGGAGAGUGCUGUGAUAGAGACAUGGGAGAGUGCUGUGAUAGAGACAUGGGAGAGUGCUGUGAUAGAGACAUGGGAGAGUGCUGUGAUAGAGACAUGGCAGAGUGCUGUGAUAGAGACAUGGGAGAGUGCUGUGAUAGAGACAUGGGAGAGUGCUGUGAUAGAGACAUGGCAGAUCUGCCCUCUCAGCAUCCCUCUGUGACCAAAGAAAACAGAGUACAUGUCUAA